UCAAAACGCCAAUGGAUAAGAUGGGAGUCCGACCACCACCCACCAUCUCAACCUCACGAACCAACAAACACACUAGUCCUCACUUCCCCCGGCUCCCGUUUCGUCGACAUCCGCAUCCUAAAUUCCGGACACUCAGACCCUGAAAUCCCCCAACUAGCUCGCGACGCAGCCAUCCUCCCAUCCUCCCACCUCGACUGGGCCUUCGCCGGAACCUCCACUUCCGAAAUCCUCCCCACCGGCGGGACAAAAUCCACAUGGACGCAUUUCGUAGAUUCUCGCCAUCCCGAUGUCUCCAAAGUGUCGGAUUCCGCUCUCAUGUUUCCUCAGCCAAAUGGACAAGGGUUGACAUUAGAAUCCGGCUCCAUGCUCAAUGUUUCCACAAACCAAAUCGAAAAAUACGAAGAAAUGUGGCUUGAAAUUCCACCUCGGACGACAAACAAAUCAAACAAGACGGCUGAAAAUGUGGAGGUCGUGGUUUUGGAAUUAUGGGAUGAUGAGGCGGGGACGAGGGGGAUGGUUGUCAGGGUGGGGAGUUUUUGUCAAGGGGUUGUGAGGCGGGGGGAAGGGUUUUCGGUGGAGAGGUGGGAGUGGGAGGAGAAAGGGGGGUGGAGGAGAGUCGUGAGGAUGGGGGAUUUGUGGAUGCCGUGUGGGGUUGCGAUGGAGAGGGGGGAGUUGGUUGUGGGUGGGAAGGUGAGGUUUGGGGAGGAUGUUUGGGGGAUUGUGGAG